AUGGUCCAUUCUUCCGGCUUCGAAUACCACCUGCGGUCCUCGCGUCACCGGCAAGGGAAGCCUUCGCCCCCCCGACUCGAAGCAGGACACCCCCAAUAUUUCCCCGACCGCCCAGCAACUGGCGAUACCGUAUACCUGGAGUGCUUUGCGUACGGAAACCCGGUGCCGACGUACCGUUGGACCAGGGUCGAUGGGAAACCACUACCAGACCGUGCCACGGCGAUGAACUUCGAUCGGGUGCUGAAAAUUGAGAAUGUGCAACCGGGUGAUCAGACCAGAUACAAAUGCACGGCGGCCAACGUGAAAGGGGUUGUGGCUGGGGAGGUUACGUUGUUGCUCUCCGGCGCACCCACUGUACUCCUUCCCCUCGCUGAUAGGCUGGUGUCAAUAGGCUCGGAAUGGAGCUUGGAGUGCACCUUGCCGACGUCGGACUUCAGCUCCCAGGUGGAAUGGUUCCGGAAUGCACGGCCGUUGGUACCCCUGCUGAUGCCCGCCAAGGACCGAAAGCGAUUCGUCGUGGAUCAUAAUGUCCUGAACGUGCUCAACACGACGCCCAACGACACUGGGGUCUAUGAGUGCAUCGUCGGGAACGAGAGUCUACCUUGCGUCUACCGAGCCUCCCCGAUGGGGACGGCCUUUUGGUCGGAUGGUGGCGGAAAUGAGCUGCCGGGGAAGGGACGAGUUCGGGAUCAGAAUGGACUGUUGGUCAUCGAGGAUGUGGUCUCGGACGAUGCCGGGCUUUUCUUUUGCGUGGCACGAAACCACCACGGGAAGUCGCACGCCGCGGUGACGCUGAUCGUCAACGAAAAGCAAGAAAUCCGCGCUCGAAACGGAUCGACCGUAGAGGGCCCAGGGAAAGGUGUUUCCUGUGAGGUGGAAUAUGGCGAAGAAGCCCUACGAAAGCCCGCAUUCUGCCGCUCAAUCUUUGGCGAGCCGGACGGCAUCUCGAUUGCUAAAGCCUCACCAGCAGCUCCAUUAAAGGUAUCACUACUUCCAAUCGUUUUUAAUGUG